CGACGUUCCGUGGUCUCUGCGACAACGAGGUAGGCCCCAGAUGGGCCGCUAGCAGCGAAACCACCACCGCCACCACCCAUUCUGCCGUCGCCAUGUCCUACCAGCCCCCGCAAGGCCGCCACUACGCUCGCAACUCGCCAGCCGACAUCAAUCCCGCGAGCAGCAAUCAACGAGAUGCAGCCUUCAGCAAUAUCUUUGGCAGCGCGCCUCCGGGUGGACGCAGCCAGACCAUGACCGGGAGCAGCCCCCUCCCUCCGCAAGAUCGAAGCAAUACCAUGUCGGGGCCUCCGCAGCAGUACAUGCCGCGAGCACCACCGGUCAGGCCCGGGCAGCAGCCCAACGGCUACCCGCGACCUCCGGGAUCUUCAGACGGCAGCGCGAAUGGGCAGCUGCCUUAUGGCAUGAAUGGACAGGCUGCGCAGCAACGACGUCCGCCAGUGCAAAACCUCCCGCAGCCCAUCCGCCCCGAUCGGGUUCCAUACGGUCAGCCGCAACGACUGGAUCCGCGCGGUCCCCCUCCCCCGGGCCAGCGCUCGUUCACUGGACGGCCUGGUCUACCAGGCCCCGCGCUCAACACCGACUCGUUUCGCACACAGUCGCUCGCAUCAGUGCCGAGGCCUAUGUACCAGCCACCGGGUGGUAGCUAUCAGGCUGCUCCUGCCCAGGCCUUCCGCCAACAGCCAUAUAUGAAUCAGCACCCAGCAAGGACAACAGCGCAAGGGAGAGUCGUGCCGGAUAGACCUCAGGACGAGCGGACCAUGUCGAUGUCAUCGUACAGCCGGGAUGCGGACUUUUCACAAACGGGGAGUGGGAGGAGAAUACCGGCGAGAAGGCGAGAGUCUGGCGGUACAGAAAUCAGCGGCUCUACCAUCACAAACGGUCAUGGCAUAGAUCCGCGAAAUGGAUUCCAGGGUAACGGACGACAUUCUAGUAGCAGCAGCCAUACCACCCAAGGUUCUCGGACCAUGUCGAUGGCGUCCACAGCAGUAUCGCCGAAUGAGCCCAAUCGGCAGGGAAGCCUGCCACGGUCGGAUAGUCAGCGGACUGGCACAAUGGUUGCGCAGAAGAGACCAUCGCUUGUGUACGGGGCACUUCUGUCGAAUGUGGCAGCAGCGUUCCGUGAAAGAGUGCCAUUGAGAGAUCAGUGGAAGGACGGAUUGGAGUACAAGAAUGCCUUCACGGGGUUUGAAGCCGUCGAGCUGAUCGCGUAUGUGAUAAGAACAUCGGACCGCAACUUGGCUCUUCUUCUGGGCCGCUCCCUGGACGCGCAGAGGUUCUUUCAUGAAGUCACAUAUGCGCACAGGCUUCGAGACUCCCCCAACGAAGUGUAUCAGUUCAAAGAGACUAUCAACGAGGAGGCACCCGAGGUCAAUGGUGUUUUCACACUCCUGACAGAGUGCUACUCGCCAACAUGUAACCGGGAUAAUCUCUGUUACUCGAUUGCCUGUCCCCGUCGCUUGGAACAGCAGCAGCGUCUGAACAUGAAGAUCACGCCUGGUUUGAAGCGAGAGACCUCUCGAUCAAGUUUGCACGACGAACCAGACAAUGAGCAGAAGCUAUGGAUCAAUACGGUCUCGAAGGAAGUCUCCGACAGUGUUAGUGAUCGAGAGAAGAAGCGACAAGAGGUCAUUUCCGAGCUGAUGUAUACCGAACGUGACUUCGUCAAGGACCUGGAGUAUCUGCGUGACUUCUGGAUCAAGCCCCUCAGGCAACCUGAACAUUCACCAAUUCCCGAGCACAGGCGCGAGAAAUUCAUUCGGACAGUAUUCUCGAACUGCCAAGAAGUGCAUGCUGUUAAUGCUCGGAUGGCGCAAGCACUGACGCGUCGUCAACAGCAGAAUCCCGUGGUAAGGAACGUCGGUGACAUUUUCCUGGAGUAUGUGCCUCAAUUUCAUCCUUUCAUCCGGUACGGUGCCAAUCAGCUAUUCGGCAAGUUCGAGUUCGAAAAAGAGAAGGGUCAAAAUCCCACGUUCGCACGUUUCACGGAGGUGACCGAACGGCUGAAAGAGUCUCGAAAGCUCGAGCUGAAUGGGUAUCUGACGAAGCCAACGACGCGUCUGGCCAGGUAUCCGCUACUUCUAGACAACGUGCUCAAGAACACAGACGAGAACAAUCCUGACAUUCGAGACAUUCCGAAGGCUAUCGAGCAGAUCCGGCAGUUCUUGAGCAGAGUCAACGAGGAGUCUGGCAAGGCAGAGAACCACUUCAAUCUCAUGACACUGAACUCGCAGCUCAAAUGGGGCAACAUCCCGCACAUGGACUUGAAGCUGACCGAGGAGACCCGGCAAAUGAUCCACAAGGGUAAUCUCAAGAAGACACCAACCGCCGAGCAGGCCGACGUCACAGCCUACCUCUUCGAUCAUGCCGUUCUCAUUGUGCGCGUCAAGACUGUCAACAAGAAAGAAGAAAUUCGAGUUUACCGCAAGCCCAUCCCGCUCGAGCUUCUUCAAAUCAAGGAAAUGGAUUACGUGCUCCCAAAAAUGGGCAUUGCAAAGCGACCCUCGUCGAGCAUGAUUCCAGGCAUUGCUCGUGUUGGCACGCGGCCUCCUCCAAACGAGCAAGGGUAUCCGAUAACAUUCAAAGGACUUGGCAAGGGCGGCUAUGAACUAACCCUUUUCUGUACGAAUCAAAUGCAACGUGAGAAGUGGAUGGAGCACAUCAUGACCCAGAAAGAAAAGCUGUCGGAACGCCAUAAGAUCUUCACAAUGGCUAAGCUCAAUGAAGGAUUUUUCAACGCCACCGUUCGAGUCAACUGUUGCAGGCCUAUUGACGGCGGGAGGAAACUCGUCAUUGGUACCGACUUCGGAGUCUACAUUUGCGACCGGAAGCCCAAAGACGCAUCGCAGAAGCCCAGGCGAAUGCUGGACAUCAAGCUGGUGACGCAGUUGGAAGUACUGGAGCAACACCAGAUCAUCAUUGUGCUUGCGGAUAAAGCCGUGUACAGCUUUCCAUUGGAAGCAUUGGAAGAUGAAAGCUCUCAGGCACCCUCAAAGCGAGGACGCCGGAUCUGCCAUGCCAACUACAUCAACGCGGGAAUGUGCAAUGGCCAAACCCUUGUGUGCUGUGUCAAGUCUAGCUCCCUGUCAUCUACAGUCAAGGUCUUUGAGCCCAUGGACUCGAUGACCAAGGGCAAGAAGAAGUCUGGCUUUGCGAAGAUGCUCGCCGGAGGCCAGGAAGUGCUCAAGCCCUACAAGGAAUUCUAUAUUCCGAUGGAGAGCAACAGCAUCCACUUCCUUCGCAGCAAGCUUUGCGUUGGCGGUGCCAAGGGCUUUGAGAUUGUCUCGCUGGAAACGCUCGAGACGCAAUCUCUUCUGGACCAGGCGGACACGUCUCUCGACUUCGUCGCACGUCGCGAGAACGUCAAGCCCAUCUACAUUGAACGUAACACUUCCGAGUUCUUGCUGUGCUACAAUGAUUUCUCGUUCUAUGUCAACAAGAACGGAUGGCGAGCUCGAGGCGACUGGAAAAUUCUCUGGGAAGGCUCACCAAAUGCCUUUGCAACAUGGGGCGAGAAGUACAUUCUUGCUUUCGAACCUGAAUUCAUCGAGAUUCGGCAGAGUGACACAGGCGGCCUGGUGUGUAUACAAACGCACAAGAACAUCCGAUUUCUGCACCAGAGCACGAGAGAGAUCCUGUUCGCCUACGAAGACGAAGUCGGCGACGAUGUCAUCGCCUCGCUGGAUUUCUGGGGCCGACCGCAGUCCCCUUCGGCUCCCAUCAAGUAGACGAAUGAGCAAGCGGACGAGGUUACGAAGCGCGAGAAGACGAGUUCGCACACGGGCGAAAGGACAGGGCAAGCGCUUGCAUCAGAAAGAGACUUUCUUGCACCACACAAACACACACAAGUAAGAAUGCAGAGAGGCACUCAUUGUGGCGUAUUGUUGUUGUUGCUGCUGCUGCUGUUCUUCGAACUCUGUAUUACAUAUAUACCCCUGCCUACGACGCGUUGAGCAUGGAUGUGAAACACUCUCCGCGCUCGGUGUCACGUCACUUCCCACACCAGGUGGCGCAGCGGAAGCGGCCUUUGGGGAGGUGGCUGGGAGGGGGGGUUGGGGACGCGCGGGUUCGCGAUGUGGAGAGAAGUUGUAUAUGUAUAUGUAUAUAUACAUGUAUCUCUCUCUGAUGCAUCUGACUGUGAUUGGACGAGGAUGAAGAUGAAGAUGAUUUGAAAUUAGGGAUUGAAAUGACAAGUGGUAGUAGGGUGGUGGUGGUAGAGAGGCAGGAGGUAUGGACCUCGUGUUUGUAGAGAGAGAAAAGGGGGGAAAGGUCUUGUGUGUGUGUCUCUGUACCUACAUGUAGGUGUAAGUGAGUGAGUGAGCGAGUGGGAGCGGGAGCGGGAGCGGGUGUGUGAGUGUGUAAGUGAGUACUGUACAUAUGCAAGCAACUCUGAAUCAGUACCUA